ACGUAAUAUAUAGUGAACUGUAAUAACGAUAUAAUGAGUGAAUUGAAUGACAUCUUCGCGUAAUUGUCACUCAAUUGUCACUCAAACAGAUCCCACAAGCGAUGGCCAGAGAGCGCACUCACGAGUUCUUCUCCACCGUUAAGUCGAUCGAAGGAAAGCCUCAGUAUAUGAACAAUGAGUUGCGGUCGCGAAGAACGGCCAACAAGUGGUCCAACGGAUCCGUUAACCAUUCGUUGCAGUCAUCGACUCAUUACAAGACAUACGUCCAGUUCAUGAGAGGCUCGCGAUCUGUGGCCAGAGAUCUGUUCUCCACGUAUCAGAAGUUGGAGAAAAUCAAUGUUUUGGCCCAAAAGAAGACCAUCUUUGACGGCGAAGAGGCGUCCAAAGAGUUGAAUGAAUUGGUUUAUAUCGUUAAACAAGACAUCACUUCACUUAACCAACAGAUCGAGUCUUUACGUCAGCAACAGUUGCAACAAUUGCAUCAACAAAACGGCCAAAACAUCGACAACCACUCGAAGAAUGUGGUGCUCACUCUUCAGCACCAGUUGGCAAACAUUAGCAGUAACUUCAAGAAUACACUUCAGCUCAGGACUCAAAAUAUGGCUCAACAGAAGCUGAGGAGAGAGCAGUUCACGACAUCAGCUGCGAUGCCAUCGCACGUGAACUCAACGGUCAUUGAUUUGAGCGACGAUUUGGUGGACACGAGUGGCGGACGAGAGGCUGAGCGUCGGGAACAGAAACAACUGCUUAUAUACGAAGACCAGAGCAACGACUACUUGGAGGAGAGGGCGUCGACAAUGCACUCGAUUGAGUCGACAAUCGUAGAGUUGGGCACAAUCUUCACGCAAUUGGCGUCAAUGGUUCAGCAACAGGAAGAGAUGAUCACCAGAAUUGACGCCAAUGUGACCGAUACGGCCCUCAACGUGGAGGCCGCCCACCAGUCACUCCUUCAAUACUUCUCGUCCGUCACUAACAAUCGAUGGCUAAUCAUAAAACGAUCAGUGGAUGCAAUGGACACGUGUUUAAUCACAUCCACAAUACUGUCAUUCCUGGUGUCCUUCAUAUACGUCGGGUCACUGUAUUGUUGGCCAAAACAGACUCAUCGUGAUAAUCCGGAGACAAUAAAACGCCGUUUCGUCAGUGUUUUCGGUGCAAUACUUCUGUCGAUAAUAGUGUUGAUUGUCUUCAAUGGCGACCGCAAUGUCUCGAGUUUGGCCAUGAGUUUGGGUGUCCAUUGGCCGCAACACUUGUCCACAACACAACUCAUACUUAAUUGCAUUUUAUUGCCAUUAAUGCAAACAAGUGUCCUAUUUAUGGGUCCAAUAGUUAUAAACUUAAUUCAAGCUAAAGAUAGUCACAUGAAUAGGAAGAAUAUCUAUACAAUAGACUUAAUAGUAAUCCGCAAUUACAUGAUAGCGCCCAUCACUGAAGAACUCAUCUUCCGAGGAGUGUUAAGCACUCUUCUGGACAAGUGUUGGUCACUGAACGGCACUCUCAUCAUUAGUUCCCUGUUAUUUGGUUUCUCUCAUUCACAUCAUUAUCUGUUUGAAGUGAAUGACAUGACUCUACGCCGAAGAGGUGGCCGCAGGAGUUGGUGGCCGGCCAUCGAGCAGAUGACCUACACAUCGCUGUUCGCGAUGUACGCCUGUCUCCUAUACUUAAGGUCCCAUCGGUUUAUAAUAACCCCAAUUCUGGUCCAUUCCUUCUGCAAUUUAAUGGGUUUCCCAGACUUGGAAGCGAUCGCUUCAUCCAAACCUGCCAUCACUUUAACUGCCACUGGAUUUGUCUUAUGGCUGUUAAGUGUCUCUUAUGUCUACUCUAGUCUAUAGAUUGAUAUAUAAUUACGUUAUGCUUUCAUUAUAUCCAUUCAUUUUACUUAUUGACGA